AUGGAAGCUUGUCACUCUACAGAGCAAUCCAAUGGCACUUCAUACAGCAUCGUGGCUGUGGCCAUCAUCACCCUUGAGACUUUGGCUAGCCUGUGGAUAAAUGCUUUCAUUGUCUCUGUGCUUUGCAUUGCUUGGGUCAAAAAGAAAACCUUGAAUUCUAGUGAGAAGAUUUUGCUGGUUCUGGGAUGCUCCAGGAUUUGGUAUUUGUGCAUCUCAUGGGUACACUUCUUUCUUUCAAUGAUUUAUCCCAAUUACCUUUAUGUUCACCCGACACUUCAACUACUUACAGCUAUUGAAAGCUUUUUUGAUCAUUUUGACUUGUGGGUUUCUGCCAGUCUUUGUGUUUUUUAUUGUAUCAAAAUUGCCAAUUUCAGGAACAGCUUCUGCAUCUACCUGAAAGUAAAAAUUGACAGGAUUGUGCCAUGGCUCUUGUUGGGGUCAGUGCUUUUAGCCUUGGCUAUCAGCAUUGUUGCCUAUGAUAUUGCUGAUAAAAAGCACUGUAACAACCACAAUUCCACUGGACAAGGAAAUUUUUGGAAAUAUACAAUCAAAAUGGAUAAGCAUUUUUUCCCUUCCUUUUUUCUCGCUGGCUUUGGAUAUGCUACUUCAUUCAUGGCAGUCAUCCUUUCUGGCCUUUUUCUUCUCUUUUCCCUCUGGAGACACAAACGCACAAUGGAAACAAACUCCAUGAAGAAUCUCAGCACGGAUGCCCACAUCAAAGCCAUGAAAUCUAUUCUCUCCUUUGUUGUAAUGUAUAGCAUUAACUUUGUAUGCUUGAUCUUGAAAUUGGUUUACAUCACAAAGGAAGGAAGAAUGUUAUUUCUCAUUGGAGUAGUUCCGUAUGCAUUUCCAGGAAUUCAUUCCUUUAUUCUCAUUAUCAGCAAUCCCAAAUUGAAAAAGACACUGCUAAGGAUUCUAUCCCAUGUGAAGUGCAAGGUUUGCAUGAGAGACUGUGACUCAAUAAAAGACCCAGGAAAUAUGUUUUGUGCAGGAUCAGGGGAAGAGCAUGACGAGGAAGGAGUGGAGGAGCCAACUCGUCUUGAACUGACUGCAACCCCCAUUCUCCUUUUGUCCUGUGCUGUUGAAGAGGAUGUGCAGUACCUUGGAAUGAAGGAGUGA